UAUGAUUCUCGCUUAGGGAAAUAACCCAAGCAUAUAUGCGAGAGGUCCCGCGUUCGAUCCGCGGCUCGGGCCUUUACUUUUUCUUUUUCUUCCUUAUAUUGCCCUCUAUUAUACAUAUACACAUAUCUCUUUUCUUGACUGCCAACUGCCCAUCGCUUUGGUCUUUUUCUUAUCUUAUCAGGCAAGCCCGUGAUGAUGCAAUUUCCCUGCCCAUAUGCGGAGUCUGCUUCCUUAGUACCAAAAUACUAUGUCCGAGUAUAGUUCGUAGUACUCGUUACGAACACGAAGUCAAACUUUCCUUUUACUCUAAUACUUACUUACCCACAUAAUUGCACACAAGCUGAUCGAUUGUGUUAACAAGCUCUACACCCCCUUAGCCAUAUUCUAUCGAAAAUUUAUGUCCAUUGAAGUGCCCGGAGAAAAAUCCGACGAACGUGCCGAUGAACCCCAUAUCAGGGACUUAAGCUCGGAAUCUCCGCCCGACACCUCCAUCCAUAUA